AUACUCACUCUCAAAAGUAACACCGUUGAGAGUAGGGUAGUAGAUGGGGUCAAAGAGUGCUCUUUGGAUAGGGCAUCUACCAAUGAUACAGUGGUAUCUACUCAACGCUACCACUGUUGGCCGCGUCCCCUCCAGCAAAUACAUACUUGAAAUUCCUAAAUUUGUGUUCCGCAGCCUUCAUUGUGGAGUGCAAAACUCCAAACUGUUCUGAACCCAACCUCAAAGUUCAACGCGACGCAGCCAUGGCUAUAUGGGUUUGCAUAAUGUCAAUUAUUCUGACAAAUUGCUGCUAAAUUUUUCGUUGACAGUUUCGUACAUGAGCCAUAAAUUCACAUAACAAUAUUUCGUACCGUUCAAACACGAAUAUCAGAUUUUUAUCUAAAAACUGAAGUUCAAGAUUUCCGCGGAAUGAUUCGGCUUUAUUCAAAUCACAAAGCUGGCGGAAACCCCUGUUGCCAGUUUCAAAUCCUGCUCACGAAGUUCCAUAUCUGUUGACGAUCCCAAUUUACCUCAUUAAUUCCCUAUGGAAAAGUGUACGAAGAAGCGGCGUAUAGGAAUUGAACCUGGAAUUUUAGUUGGCUCAUCAACUCGUGUUAUAGACAAAAAUAUGUUUGGCUGGGGUAGUACCGUACAUGGGGAACUCGGCCUCGGCGGUAUCGAAGAUGAGAACAUUCUUGUUCCAUGUGAAUUGGGGUUUAAGAAGUCUACUCAAGUCGAGCAUAUUGCCUGUGGUGAAAACUACACUAUUGUUAUAACUCGAGAUGGACAACUUUAUUCGUGUGGUAAUAAUGAUCAUGGACAAUUGGGUCAUGAUAAACCAAGGAAAAGGUUGCAACUUAUACCAGGUCUGGAUGUAUUUGUGUUUAAAAAAGCAGACUGUGGAGCGAGUCACACAAUGGCUGUUAACGAGUGGGGUCAAUUGUUCAGUUGGGGUUCAAAUGCGGAUGGCCAGUUAGGAAUAAAUACGAAUAGUACUGAUGAGCAUACUCCACGGAUGGUCAAGACCUUAGGUACAAGCUUCAUUGUUCAGGUAGCAUGUGGGGCUAAGCAUACUCUUGCAUUGACGAACAAUGGAGAACUCUACGCCUGGGGUUGUAAUGAGGAGGGUCAGCUGGGCCUUGGGGUAGAGACGACUAAAGAAUUGAAACCAAAGCUUCUUACUAGCUUGGCAUCUAUCCCUAUGUCACAUAUUGCCUGUGGUGGCUCUCACAGCAUCGUCGUCUCAAAAUCUGGUGCAGUAUUUGGUUGGGGGAGAAAUACUUAUGGCCAGUUGGGCCUCAACGAUACUCAAGGUCGGGGUCUCCCUUGUCAACUGAGAACACUUCGAAAUGUUAAAGUACGCUUUGUGACAUGUGGUGAAGAUUUUUCUGUAUUCCUGACUAUGGAUGGUGGGGUUUUCACCUGUGGAGCAGGCAUGUAUGGACAAUUGGGCCACGGGAACAAUAGUAACGAUAUUCUGCCGCGUAAGGUUGUCGAACUUAUGGGCAGUACUGUUACUCAGAUAUGCUGUGGUCGACGUCAUACUCUUGCAUUAGUUCCUUCUAGAGGACGAGUUUACGCUUGGGGUCUAGGUGGAGCUGGACAAUUAGGGUGUCGAGUUUCUAGAAGUGUCACCACACCACAAGUAGUACUUGGCCCUUGGGUUUCGCCGAAUGGAGUUGCAAUGGUCACAUCUGACAAACCAUCUACUCCUCAUUCUGUCGAUUGUGUUGUGCGGCAUGUUUUCAGUGGUGGAGAUCAUUGCUUUGCGGUGGUAACUCAUAGAAAGGAUAAUAUUGCACCUGACGACUGCAGAAUACUGGAACCGUCGUCACAAAUACUAGUAGUCACAGAGGAACAGCUGGGAGCUUGUCAAAGAGUGCCAAAGGAGGCACCUGUUGAUCAUGACCUUCUCACAUAUCUAGAGACUGUAUUCAGUAGUCAGGCUUGUCUAAAUGCAUCAUUCUUGCUUGCGGAUGAUGCUCAUUAUGGCUGUUCAAGCAAGCAACAUGGCGUGGAUCUUGAACUUGCAACAAAAUUGUACACAACUAUAGCCGAUCUUGACAACAGUACUAUCAAAGAACUGAUUUUUACCUGUGUGACAGAAAGUCUAUUACCAACACUUAUGCCCUCACCUCCCGAUGUUGAAUCAUUGCGAGUUUAUUUGACGCUGCCUCUUUAUCAAAGUUUUAAUGACCCUAAACUUUGUAACAAAUUACACAAGCCAUUUUCAAGAGCAGUCUUGCAACUCAAACCAGAAGCACUAAAAGUCGUUGGCUUGUGGUGGAGUCGAGCACCUAUGAAAUAUUUUGAAAGAUUAAUUCAGAUUUAUAAAUCCAUUGUCCUAUAUUUCUUACAACAAUCAAAAGCCAGCGAAAAUAAGAUACCGUUGUGGGAGGCCAAUUCACUACACAGCACCUCUUUACAACUUGCCUUAGAUAUGUUGAGAUUUCUAAAUAAACUAAAUCAUUCAACAGCUGAUGGACUACGAGUACCAUAUGAUUGUUUCCAUUUACCAGACCUACCAGAUUGUGUUGACAUCAGAGCCGAUUAUGUCAAAUGGUUUACUGAAAAAGAUCCGCACGUACAACGCAAGAUAUUUUUCUGCAAUUACCCUUUUUUGUUUGAUGCACAAGCUAAAACAAUGUUGUUGGAAACAGAUCAAGCAAUACAGAUGCAGUCAGCAAUGAAUGAAGCAGCCACUAGAGCAAUAACCCAAAUGUUGUUCGCUCCCUCCGGUGCUGCUAAUAUCAGUGCUUAUGUAACACUAAAUGUAUCGCGGGAAAAUUUAGUAGCUGAUGCAUUAAGAGAGUUAUCUCGAUAUCAUUCCAGAGAUUUGAAGAAGCCUCUUAAGGUGAAAUUUCAUGAUGAAGAAGCAGAAGAUGCAGGUGGUGUUAAAAAAGAGUUCUUUAUGCUUUUGCUCAGAGAAAUAUUAGAUCCAAAGUACGGAAUGUUUAAGCAAUAUGAAGAAACCCGAACUAUCUGGUUCAGUGAAGACUCCCUCGAAGAUGAAGAUAUGUACUCCUUGAUUGGGCUGUUAUGUGGAUUGGUUAUUUACAACUUUAUAAUCAUUGAUCUGCCGUUUCCAUUGGCACUGUACAAAAAGUUGUUAGGUGAACCAGUUGGACUUGCUGAUAUAAAGGAUAUGUCACCAUUUCUAGCAAAAAGUUUGCAAGAUGUACUAGAUUAUAACGAACCAGAUAUAGAAGAUGUAUUCUGUCUACAUUUUGAAGUAACGAGGGAAAUUUUUGGCGAACGCAAGAUUUUUGAACUAGUAACAGAUGGUAGUACGAUUCCUGUUACACUAGACAACAAAAAAGAAUUCGUUGACUUGUACGUCGAUUAUAUUCUCAACAAAUCAGUAGAAUCACAUUUCAAAGCGUUUCAUGAAGGAUUCCACAAGGUAUGCGGGGGACGUGUGUUAGAACUAUUCCACAGCCAUGAAUUAAUGGCUGUCGUUGUGGGUAACGAGAAUUAUGAUUGGGAAGAGUUGGAAAGAAACGCCGUGUACAAAAAUGGUUACUCCAAGGACGAUCCGACAAUAGAAAUGUUCUGGAAGGUUUUCCACGAACUUCCAUUGGAAGAAAAAAAGAAAUUCCUCCUAUUCUUGACAGGAAGUGAUAGGAUACCCAUCCAGGGAAUGAAAGCUAUCAAGAUAACAAUUCAGCCAAUGGCGGAUGAUCGAUUUUUGCCAGUAGCCCACACGUGUUUUGAUCUAUUAGAUCUACCCCGGUAUCAAACACGCGAAAGACUGCGUUACAAACUUCUCCAGGCCAUUCAGCAAACCCAGGGAUUUUCUUUGGUUUAAUUGACUCUUGAUUCUGGACUAACAUAAACUAACAUCUAGCAAGAGAGUCACCACAUUUAGAACUUUGUAUAAAUGAAAGCCUGUAAUCAUGGAUAUUGCAGGAUUAGAAAACCUACUGUUCCUUUAUAAUGCCUGAAUUUUUGAGGAAGUGCAAAUCCAAAAUACAUAUUCAUAUGGACACGCGAGAGAAAUAGUUUGAUCACAAUUAGGCUAAAUUGGAAAUAUAAUGAUAGAAAAUUAGGAAGCAAACUUGUUUUUUAAUUUAUUCAAUCGAACACUUGUAUGAACUGGAAGGACUAUUCAAGUAUCUUUAAACCCAGAUUAAUCUACCCAAACAAAAUGCAUGGCGUAAUUUUUGCUCACAGCCAGCCUGCUUUCAUAAGCCUGCAUUUAUGACUUAGGAGUCCGAGUUACUGUCAAUCAAGCAGGCACUACUACAAAGAUGUGUAUCACACGAAUUCGAUCGGGUAUCUAUAUCAUUGCUUCCCUCAAUGAAUGCAGCUCAUUUGUGGUAAGGAAUAAAACUGGAUUAUCAUUUGGCGUGUUUAAAACUGUUUGAAAUCUAUUUCCAUCAUUGUACAGGAAAACUUGAGUCAAUUAUCGACCUAUGAAGAGAAUAGCUAACACACGGCAUCUUUGCCAUGAUCCUGAAAUAUAAAAACUUCUAUUUUUCUACAACAAAUGUGGAUAAGUGUGUAAAGGCAGAACUUGCUUUCUUUUAAUCUUGAUAGAUAUAUUUAUUUUUUUAAGAAUUUAUAUUUGUUAAGCAUAUCAACCAGUUCACCUGAUCAAUUUUACGAGUCAAAGGAGUGGUAAUAAUAAGCAUGCGAGACCCCACCAAUUAAUUCAGUUUCUGAUGUUAGAUAAGAAAGAGUAAUAUUGAUGAAAUUUCUUGUAUAUUUAAAACAUUGGGUGUUAGGCCUUCUUUACUCCCAGGCUCCAUAUAUGGUCCCAUUUGGAUGACAUUAUGGUGUUCAUGGUGUUGCAAUUAUUAUUUAUUACAAACGUAGCUUUAUGAAUAUGGUUUUGGCAGUAACUCUGGACAGAACUUUAAGAAUUUUUCAGACUUUGAUAAUAAAUUCGUCACUAAAUGCACCACUUAUCCUAUCAUCUAAAUUGCUAUAAUUUAUGAUGGAACCAUUGCAUUUUUCUUAUACUACUGGUGGCAUUUCUUCUUUUUUUUAUUUCUCAUAAUUAUCGAAUAAAGGCAAGCCUUACUUUUGACAACACUGUUGGUGAUAUUAAUUGAUAAUAAACAGAUGAAUAAUAAUAUAAACUAUAGUAUACACUGUUAUAUAUCUUGUAUUGUGACUAAUAAAUAACGAAGUGCUGGAAACAA